AUGAAUGGGCGUAAGGUUAGUUUUUUUCACAUUUUCAUGUGCUUUUGAUAUAGAUUUUGCAGUUGUUUCUAUAAACACAUAUUUUCAGAGAAAAGCGGACGAAGAUUUGGGAAGUCCAAGAAUCACUAGAUCAAUGUCAAAUAGCGGUGCAUUGGCUCCUGUGAAUGUUCGACGUCGUUCACCAAGCGGUUCAAGUAUUGAUGAUGAUCCAACAGAAUAUCCAAGACCUGGACCACAACCUGCAAUUCAUCGUCAGGAUACAAUGUCAUCGGUAACUUCAACGGAGUCUGAGGCGACUUAUUGUUCAACAACCACAACAUCAUCAAGAGAUAGUAGUGUAAGUCAUAUUUCAAACUCAUCUUGGAUUAUAGUGAAAAAUGCUAUGAUGGAACCACCUAAAGUUUUAAACAAAAAAGUUCAUUAAAUUCUAAUUUAAAAUUUUUUUUUCAGAAAUUAAACUUUUUCCAGCGUACUCCAACUCCACAAAAUUCUCCAAGACCAGUUCAGAAUGUUUGA